AGAUUCUUGGUUGGAUUUGGAUUAACGCAAGCUUUUAUUGGUACGUGGAUUAGGGGAGAGUCUUAACAUCAAUUCGAAGAAGAAAACCCAGGUGUCGUCUUGGAACCCCAAAUUAGUCGUCACCAGUCCCCAUCCAACCAGAGAACUCUUGAUGAGGGGAGGAUCUAGCGGCAGAGGCCGCGGCCGCGGAGAGUCGAGGGCUGAAUUCGGCGGCGGCGGCUGCGGUGGACGCGGGAGGGGGAAGUAUACCAACCCAUGCCUGACGAUGCAUCAGCCCUGGGCCUCGCUCCUGGUCUAUGGCAUCAAGCGCGUCGAAGGAAGAUCCUGGCCUGCCCCUCUCACCGGUCGGCUUUGGAUACAUGCUGCAUCGAAAGUUCCAGAACCUGAGACUAUCAAAGCUAUGGAGAAUUUCUACAGGGAGAUAUAUGCUGUGGCUGGGGUUAAGGAUAUAAAAUUUCCAGAACACUAUCCGGUUUCCCGAUUGUUAGGUUGUGUUGAAGUGGUAGGCUGUGUUAAAUGUGAAGAGCUGGUGUGCUGGGAGGAUGUAUCUGAGUCGGUGAGACUUGAAGGCCAAACAGACUUCUGCUGGUUGUGUGAAAAUCCUCAGAAAUUAUUAAUUCCAUUUGAAAUGCGUGGUUUUCAGAAAGUCUAUAACUUGGAAAGAAGGAUUCAUGAUGUGGCAGUAAGAGGUCUUAUCACUAUCCAAGGCCCUUUACCCGUAAAGUUUCCACUUCCAGAUCCCCAGGAUCCUUUUUCGCUAAGGCCAGGAUCUCUUGCAUUACACUUCAGUAGCUCCAAAGCACCUGAAGUGGCAAAAACACCUAAUGUUAGUGCAGCUAUAGCUGCUGCACGAGCUGCUGCUACACAAUUCUCAAGGGAGGAUCAGAUUGCCACGUCUAAUAGUUACCAAACUAAUGUAACUGAAAAGAGCGAGUUCGGAUCGGCAGAAACCAGUCAUGCUGGGACUAGAAAAGAAGGCAGAAGGUUGCAUGAUUCACAUAAUGAAACUCAGGGUCUUCAGGCUCUUAACUACAAUCAACAUACUACUCACAAAGAAAGAGAUGAAAAUAAGAGAUAUCCCAGUGAGAAAACCAGCAGAGGCUCUAGGUCGGACCCUGGAGCUUCUGGAAAGAUUUUUUCAGCAGCACUGAAUGGAUUAAGACUCGAUCAAGUACCCCGGACGCGAGAACCAAGUGUGCAGCAUCAAGGCUUUCUGAGGCAAUGAACUCUGGGAAUCAUUAGAAUAUAGCUUAGUGGAUUCAUCCCCUAAUUUUGUACCCCUCCGAAGUUAUUGCAGAGUUACAUUACCUAGCCAACCAUUUCGGUACAGGUUCCUGACCCAUUAUUCAUCACCAGCAGGUACCAUUUAUGAAUAGAAUAAUUGUAGGAAGUCAUGCGUCAGCACAAAGUUGUAUCUUGCAGUUUGUCUGUGCAAGCCGAACUGUACUUAUUACUGAUUUCUAAUUGUUAUUUGUUCAUAUGGUUUGCACAUGUUACUUCUCAUUACAUUUGAGAAAAUUUU